CGGGGCUGCGCGCAUGCGCUUGAGGCUUGCGCUGCAUCGGCGUGGAUUUUGGUUGGGAAGCUCCCGGGGAUCGGAGGAUCUCUCUUUCCGGGCCACUGGGUCCGGGAUCACGGCUGGGAGUCCGGCCUUUGCAGCAGCCAUCCGGACUCCGUUACCCUGAUUUUUCUCCCUCUUUCUCUGCUGGAAAAGGACAUCAUGGUUCAACUAGGACGCCCCCUGCUGAAGACGUAUCGCAGUGUCCGGGUGGUCAUCCGGCUAUCCCUCGGCGGUUGCACCAACCGGCCUUUCUACCGGAUCGUAGCCGCACACAACCGGCGUGCCCGGGAUGGCAAGUAUCUGGAGCAGAUCGGCUGCUACGACCCUCUGCCCAAUCGCUACGGCGAGAAGAUCGUGGGGAUCAACUUCGACCGCUUCAAACACUGGUUUGCUUACGGAGCCACCCUGACCAAGCCAGUGGAAAAACUGAUGGGUCUUUCUGGCUUUUUCCCCCUGCAUCCGAUGUCCAUCACAAACGCUGAGCGGUUAAGGAAGAAAAAAGCCCAAGAGGCAGCAAAGGCAGCUGAAAAAGGAGAAGAGGAAGAUUUGGAGGAAAAGCGGGAACAUCAGCAAAACUGAUCAAUGGAGCGAGAAAAAAAAAAACCUCACACCCCGUUGGAGACUGAAAGGAUAAUGUCGAUUUUAUUUUAUUUUUUUCAUUUUUUUAGCCACACGGCAUUGUGGCUUGCCACUACGCAACCUCGCCCCGAAUUCUCGCCCGUUUGAAGCAAAGAUGGCUCCCGUUCUUUCAAAAGAAGCGCGUGCACCAAACAGCCUGCCUAGGAGUGCGCAGGGCAGAGUCCGCGCGACCUGGAACUCGGGGCUUCCUAGCCUAGUUUGCGCGAUUCAAUCCCAAAUUCAAACGAAAACCCACUGAGCUUUGGGUUCAAACGCCAGGAGACGGUUCCAAGCCGUGGGGACGAGCUUUGGCAGUUUUAGCCGAUUUAUAAAUAAAUGUUAAUUUUCUGCAGUUUUCAA